GAUACAAUUCAAAGAUAUCAAACCUAAAAAUUAUCUGGAUUUUCUGAAAUUCUACAAUAACUUUCUUGUUAUUUUAUUUUUUUGUUUCCAGACUAGCGUAACAGUUUUUUUUAUCACUUUGCAUGGAACUAUAUUUUUCAUUUGAACAUGGAAUUAUAAUGGCAAUAUAUCAAAGGUGCACAAUCGGAAUGGGAUUUGGAGCUGUAAAAAUCCUGGUAAAUCUCUUAUGGUGAUAACUAAGACAUGCGAUCUUCAGCCUCCAGGCUUUCGAGUUUUUCAUCUAGAGAUUCAUUAUGGACUCGGAUGCCGGAUCAGAUCUCGGUGUCAGAGUUUAUUUCCGAGACCACAGAAGAUUACAAUUCCCCCACCACAUCCAGCUUCACAACCCGUUUGCAGAGCUGCAGAAAUUCCAUCACUGUGCUAGAAGAGGCCUUAGAUCAAGAUAGGACUGCUCUACAGAAAGUGAAAAAAUCAGUGAAAGCAAUCUAUAAUUCUGGUCAAGAUCAUGUACAAAAUGAGGAGAACUAUGCACAAGCUUUAGAUAAAUUUGGAAGUAAUUUUUUAAGUCGUGACAACCCCGAUUUGGGCACAGCCUUUGUCAAAUUUUCCACAAUCACUAAGGAGUUAUCAACAUUACUUAAAAACCUGCUCCAAGGAUUAAGCCACAAUGUCAUCUUCACAUUGGACUCACUUUUGAAAGGUGAUUUGAAAGGAGUAAAAGGGGACCUCAAAAAACCUUUUGACAAAGCCUGGAAGGAUUAUGAAACUAAAUUUACAAAAAUCGAAAAAGAGAAACGAGAGCAUGCAAAGCAGCACGGAAUGAUACGCACUGAAAUAACUGGCGCUGAAAUUGCUGAAGAAAUGGAGAAAGAGAGAAGAUUGUUCCAACUGCAGAUGUGUGAAUAUCUUAUUAAAGUUAAUGAAAUCAAGACAAAGAAAGGCGUGGACCUCCUACAGAAUCUUAUAAAGUACUACCAUGCACAGUGCAAUUUUUUUCAGGACGGCCUGAAAACAGCAGAUAAACUUAAACAGUACAUCGAGAAACUGGCUGCAGAUUUGUAUAAUAUAAAGCAGACGCAAGAUGAAGAGAAGAAACAGCUCACUGCACUGAGGGACCUGAUAAAGUCAUCCUUGCAGCUGGACCAGAAAGAGGAUUCUCAGAGCAAACAAGGGGGAUACAGCAUGCACCAACUUCAAGGCAACAAAGAAUAUGGUAGUGAAAAGAAGGGUUAUCUACUGAAGAAGAGUGAUGGACUCAGGAAGGUGUGGCAGAGACGAAAGUGCACUGUGAAGAAUGGGAUACUCACGAUAUCCCAUGCAACAUCUAACAGACCACCGGCAAAACUGAACUUGCUGACCUGCCAAGUUAAACCAAAUGCUGAUGAAAAAAAGUGUUUUGAUCUGAUUUCACACAACAGAACAUACCACUUCCAAGCAGAAGAUGAGCAAGAAUACAUAGCGUGGAUAUCUGUAUUAACAAACAGCAAAGAAGAAGCAUUAAAUAUGGCGUUCCGAGGAGACCAGAAUACGGGUGAGAGCAGUCUCGAAGAUCUCUCAAAAGCAAUCAUCGAUGACGUGCAAAAAACGCCCGGAAAUGAAGUCUGCUGUGACUGUGGAUCAUCAGAUCCAACAUGGUUAUCAACAAACCUUGGAAUUUUAACUUGUAUAGAAUGUUCAGGAAUACAUAGGGAAAUGGGCGUUCACAUCUCUAGAAUCCAGUCUUUGGAAUUAGACAAAUUAGGAACUUCUGAACUCUUGCUGGCCAAGAAUGUCGGAAACAAUAGUUUCAAUGAAAUUAUGGAAGGGAAUUUACCUUCUCCAUCACCGAAGCCUACUCCUUCCAGUGAUAUGACUGCACGUAAAGAAUUUAUCACUGCGAAAUAUGUGGAACACAAGUUUUCCAGAAAGAUGUGUGCUUCUGUGGCUGAGAAAAUGAGCGAGUUACUUGAGGCUGUUAAAUCCAGGGACUUACUUGCACUAAUACAAGUCUAUGCAGAAGGAGCAGAGAUUACCGAACCACUGCUGGAAUCUGGACAGGAGCCAGGUGAAACAGCUCUUCACUUUGCAGUCCGCACUGCUGACCACACCUCUCUUCCUUUGGUUGACUUCUUGGUACAAAACUGUGGAAACCUGGAUAGGCAGACAGGAAAGGGCAACACUGCUCUACACUACUGCUGUAUAUAUAACAAACCAGAAUGCUUAAAGCUGCUGCUAAAGGGCAAACCAACUAUUGAUAUAGUAAACCAGCUUGGUGAGACAGCUACUGACACUGCAAAGAGGUUAAAAGCAGCCCAAUGCGAGGAACUGUUUUCCCAGGCUGUAGCUGGAAAACUCAAUCCUCACAUCCACGUGGAGUAUGACUGGAACUUACGGCAAGAAGAAAUUGACGAGAGUGAUGAUGAUUUAGACGAUAAGCCAAGUCCGAUAAAAAAGGAGAGAUCCCCAAGACCCCAGAGUUUUUGCCACUCCUCCAGCAUAUCUCCUCAAGACAAGCUAUCCCUGCCUGGUUUUAGUACCCCUCGGGACAAGCAAAGACUGUCCUAUGGAGCCUUCCCCAACCCAUUCAUGAGCACUAGCACAGAUUCGCCCACUUCUCCAGUAGCAGAUGUACCUCCACUGCCCCCUAGGAAUGCUGGGAAAGCUCCACCUACAACCCUCCCUAUAAGCACCCAAUCCCUUAGCGGCAGCUCCACGCUGUCCAAGAAGAGACCACCUCCCCCACCCCCUGGACAUAAACGAACCCUCUCCGACCCUCCAAGCCCGCUACCUCAUGGCUCCCACAGUAGGGGGUCAAUUUCUUGGGGUAAUGAUACCGGAACACCUGCCGACAAAAUCCUGAAUAAGUUUGAAAGAAUGUCACAGCCAUCAAGCACAGGACCCACAAAGACUACAUUAGGUCCCAGAGUUCUGCCCAAACUACCUCAAAAAGUGGCACUUAGGAAAAUAGACACCACACAUCAUCUCUCGAUGGACAAAUAUAACCCUCCACAAGAAAUCUUCCAGAAAUCUCCACAGUCUGUUGACUUGCCACCCAAACCACAUAUUGGUGACCUUCCACCCAAACCACAGCCUUCUGAAUUUGCACAGAAGCCACACACUGGAGAAUUACCACCAAAACCAGGAGAACUGCCUCCUAAACCUCAGUUAGGGGAUCUGCCACCUAAACCACAACUUGCAGACUUACCUCCAAAGCCGAAAGAUCUUCCACCCAAGCCCAUCCUUGGUGACAUGUUGAGUAAGACACCUGUAGGAGAAACACAUACUAAGCCGCAUCAUCUGGAAAUAAACCAGAACACUCAGCCAUUGGAUACUGCCCAGAACUCACACCAUGCUGAUCAAACUCCUGUACAGAAGCAAGUAACUGAACCUACCAGUGAUGGUCCACCACCCUUGCCAGAGACUCCUGUGCCACUUCCUAGGAAAAUCAAUACAGCAAAAAGCAAAAUGAAAAGGGUGAAAACAAUAUACGACUGUCAAGCAGACAAUGAUGAUGAACUUACAUUCAUCGAGGGUGAAGUUAUUAUAGUUACCGGUGAAGAGGACCAGGAGUGGUGGAUUGGGCACAUUGAAGGAUUUCCGGACCGAAAAGGAGUAUUCCCGGUCUCCUUUGUUCACAUUUUAUCAGAUUAGAACUUUUAUGCAUUGAUCAUCCACGCAAGAUGGACUUCUUAGCAAACUUGCUUCUGCAGUUUUGCAUCUAUGUAUAUAUGCUGCUGUUAAAAGUCAUUCAAUACAUUCAUUACUAUGUGAUGAACUCUGUAUGUAUUGUAGAUGUUACUAUGUUUUUCUGCCCUCGUCAGUAUUACAGUAGCUGUCGAGACCUUGGAAUCAGACACGUCUCUUGAGACCUGCUGAAGCUAUCCAUAGAAUCCAGCACUUACAUCGUCUCUUCAACCACUUGUUGUCCAACCAGCAUUCCAAGUAUUGCCUGUCUUGUUCAACACUAUAUGCUACACUUUCUGUCCCAGAUGUCAUCUCAUCAGACAUUAUCAUCACAAAGGUGGAUAAUAUUUUUAAAUAUACCACCUAGACCUAUACAAAAAAAAGUGUGAACAGAACAAAUAGAGCUAGGUAUUUAUUAUAGAAAAAGCUAAUUCAUAGUAGUUUUUAACAAAGUUCAAAUAUUGUUCGUAUUUAUGUGCCCCGUAAUUGUUUGUUCAACUUCUAAGUAACAUUCAUUCUGUUACUUGGCUACACGUAGUAAAAGAAAAUAUAUUUCUAUCUAAAAAGCUUCUUUUAUUAGAAGUAUAUACAUAUAUAAAUAUAUAUACAUAUAUAUAAAAAUGACAUUUCCGGUUAAUUUCAUCGGACUUAAUGACUGCUAAACAAUAUUAGUGGGUUUACAUUAUGCAUGCAUUUCUAAAUACAAUUCCAGCAUACUUGAAACCUGCCUUUAAAACAGGAAUAUAAUUGUAGUUCUCUUUUUUUGUUUGGGCCAAGGUGUUAUGUAACUGAUUGCAACUAGGGAAGGUAUUUUUCCAUUUGAAUGGUUAUGUGAAAUAGACAACAGUAUUACUUACCAAUAACAUGGAUCAAAUCUGGGAGGCUUUUUAUAGGCCUUGUGGAAAUAAAUAUCUCUAGUACUAAA